CCUCUCGUGUUGCUAUGGUUACUUUAACACAACUAGGACGGUUUGCUGGAGCUGGAGGUCCAAAACAAGCUAAAAACACACAGAAACUGAGCUAAAACGACACUAAAUUCAAUUUUUUUUUCGGCGAGGACAACUUUUUUAUUUUUUGGGGAUUAAUAAGCUCACGAAGUGAAGUUGUGCGGCCGCUAACUUCAUCCGCCUCAACAUUUCUCCUCGUAAAUCAUCAACAUGGAGGUCGGAGACGAGUUGAAGAAACUGAACGUGACAGCUGUGGAGAUGGAGAGACUGACAGAAGCUCUCAAAGACGAGGAAUUCAAGAAAAUGCUGUGCGAUUACGCUCAUGAACUAUCAGACCCUGAGACCAAGAAGAGGUACGAAGUGGAGAUCAAGCAGCUGGAGCAGGAGAGAGGAUUCACCAUCGAGUUCAUCCAUCCGGAACCGUUCAGGGCUCUCAGGACGAGUAUGAACGGCAACCAGAAGUGUUUCAUCAACAUCUGCUCCAAUGACAAAGUUGGAAAGCCUGAAUGUAAACAGAGGGAGUCUGAAGAUGGUCGCAGAGGACAGUGCUGGUCCCUGCCUCACAAUUUGCACCCAGGGAGAAGAGACACAGAUCCAAAGGGCAACAAGAUGAUGAUCUAUGAUGUGAUUUUCCACCCUGAAACUCUCCACAUUGCAAGCAAAAACACCAGAUUUAUGGAUAUGGUAGACAGCACAGCCAUGCAGGGAAUCCAGACUGCUUUUGAAGUGACUCUGGAUAAAAACAAUGUGAGGGAGAUGAGCACAAAAUACAAAGGCGUCCCGCAGCCUUGUGUCAUCCGAAAACCCAUACCUGGAUAUAAACCCUCAGAGGAGCCGGACCCUCUUGCAUUCCCAUACCCAGAGCCCAAAGAACCACCUGCAACAAAACCCAACAGUGACGCUGAACCUAAAAGCUUCAGCGUCCAGCCUCACCUAGCCAAAGAGCCCACAAAGCCAAACUACACAGUAAAAUAUCGAUCCUUUAUGGAUCUACAGGACUUCAGAUUCUCUAGAGACUCCGCCCAAAGCCCCAGGCCCAAACGGAUAGUGGUUACCAUCGACAUGCCGCUUCUGAAGGCGGCAGCAGACGCCAGCCUCGAGGUAAAAGAGAGGCUGCUGCUGCUGAAGUCCGAGAAACCAGCCUACAGACUGGAGCUGGCCUUAGCCUACCCUGUGGAUGAAGAUGAAGGAGAGGCCAGGUUCGACAAACGGAGAGGGCAGCUUACAGUCACACUGAAUGUCCUUCCUUCUGAUGAAGCUUUUGAUUAUUUUGCUGUAGGGCUUGCUCAGACUGAUGAGAGAGAGGAGGAGAAAAGUGAGUUGGAAGAGGAGGAUAAAUGGAAGGAGGAGGAGGAGGAGAGGGAAAGCAAGAAAAGUGAGGAGGAGGUGGAGGAGGAUGAUUUGAGGCAGCAGACGAGAGCAGAAAAAGUUGAAGAGGAAAUUGGUGUGGAGGAGGAUGAGGAGGAGGAGGACAAAUUUAAGAAACCGGAAAGAAAAGGCCAAGAAGUUGUGGAGGAGGAGAAAUUGAAAGAGCAGAAGCAGGGAAAUGAAAAAGAGGAUGGAAACUUUAACCCACAGAAACGUGAAGAUAAAAGGGAUUCUGAUGCAGAUAAUGUUCCUGCUGAGGAAGAAAACUCCUCGCCUGUUUUAAUCACUGCUGAACAUUCAAGCUGCAUAGGAAAAGAGGGGGAGGUCAAUCUGAACUUGGAGUCAACACCCAAAAUGACUCUGGACCACAAAGAGGAGACGGGAGAGAGUGUACACGGAAACGAGGUGGAGACAGAUGCUGCGUUUCUACAUCACAGAUCCAGCGAGGAAUCCCAAACUCCCGUAGCAGCUAACACUCAGUGCCAGAACAACGUGAAGGACUGCUGCUUUUCCCAGGAGUGCAGCGAGACACCUGCAACAGGUGAAGCAAACAGGUCAACCAGAGGAGGUUCAGGCAACAGGGUCACCCUCCUCUCUGAGGAAAUUGCCAGGGAGGAGAGGGAGAACGAAGACAACCUGCCGACGGAGCAAAUCUUCCACAAGCCACCACCUGCGUUAUUGAGGGAAAUUGAUAGAGAUGGAAAUGAAAAGAUCAUCAGUGAUCAUUCAACAUCUGCUGGGUUCAUCUUCCAAAACUCCCUGAUGUAUGAGCUGGACUGAGGACUGUGUGCAAAUGUUACGAGGAGGUUUUCUUGUACGUUAAAAACACUGCAGUGUGUCCAACAAUAUUAAAUGUGCAUAUUUUUAAAACCUGA